UUCAGCAACUAGCCAAUUGCUAUUGCAUUGUAAAAUUUAAAUCAUGUCUACUAAUCUCAGCCUGGCAAGUCUUAUAGCAGUCUUAAGCGCCGUGAGUCUUACCACAGGUAGAUCAUUACAAUCGCCAACGUUCACUAUUGAGGCUAGAAUAUUGAGUGAAGACAACGCAGCAACAAAGUACAGUCUUAGUGAUAAAUUCUUUAAAAACGGAGAAACGGGAAAGGUCUACAAUUGGAUCAGGCCAGGCCAGAUUGGAUUUGUCGAUGAAUUCGGGGAAGAACUCUGUCUAUCGUUAUUACAUGACGGUACAAAUAACUACAUUGGAGUCGACUCGUCAUCUGCAACCAAAUCUAAAUGCGAAACCACAUCAGAGCGUUGGGAAACAUUCGCUGUAAACAAAAGCGACAGCAGUCUAGAGGAACCGGUUAUUUUGCUGAACGAUGUCACAAGCGGACAGUGCGCAUACCUAGCUACGAAUUCAGAAGGGAAAACACAGAAUGAGAAGUACUAUCUUGGACUAGGAGACUGCGAGGCAUCCUAUCUGGCAAACUUGAUUCUGGCUAUAGACAACGAUUUAAGCACAACUCUUUCAGCAACUCCUUCUCCAACUCCGUCUCCGAAGCUCAAAACUUCAGUGCACCAGGUUUGCGAUUGUAACGAUGGCGUAUACUAUGAUAACUCUUGCUACGAUACACUAGAGAACGCGUUUGAUGAUUCCACGGACGGCUCAAUUAUACACGUAGGGGGUGCCGUAGUGGAGGUAUCGGAAACGAUAGAGUUUGAUACGAGUGUGACUUUGCAGGGUCACGCGUGUGAUAGCGCAAACAAAAGGGCGAAGAUCGUGGCUGUAUCGAGCUUCGAGACAAAAACUGGUGCAAUGUUCGUGGCAACCAACCCUAGCAAACAGGAGGUUGUUCUGAAGGAUCUAGAAAUCACCAGUGAAUCCGAGGGCCAGUAUGUGGCCGCAUUCCACUCCCUCAGCAAAACUGAUCUGGGGGGUGAGGGUAAACGACAAAAAGUGCAGCUUCUCUGUACCAACAUUCACAUUCACGAUAUGCAGAGCGAAGAGUCAGGAGUUGGUAUUUUCCUUAUUGGGACUUAUGAAUUGGUAGUGGACGAUGAGUGUUUGUUUGAGAAUCUACUCACCACCACAACAGAUCGAGACAGAUGGGCCGGAGGCCCAGCCAUCGCUGUCAUCAGUCUCCCAGAAUCAGGUACUUUGGACAUAGCCGGUCAAUUUACAAACAAUAGAGCGUACUUCCCAAGUCCUGGCACUGAACAUGCUGGCGGCGGUGCGCUCUACUUGGAUUGGAUGGCAGGGAGAGUGAAUAUCACAGCUCGAUUCAACGGUAACCAGGCCAAUCAAGGAGGUGCAGUUCAAAUUCAAGCUAUUCUUGGUACUUUUACCGACAACGGAGUUUACACGAAAAACAUAGCCGCCGAGGAAGGCAACGGCUCGAGAUUUGGAGCUUUAGGCUGUAUCAAACUUUACAGCGGUGCGACCUUUGUACUCAAAGGCUCGUAUAUUGACAACAUAUCUGAAGGUCGAGGAGGCGUUGUAGGUACAAACAUACACAUGGAAGGUAGUCUAUUCAUGCUACAGGGUACCUUCAAGAACAAUAGAGCUAUGAAUGACGGCGGUAUUUGGGGUCGGUGGUCCAGCACAACCCUUAAAGGGAAAGUGGUGAUAGACAUUGGCGCCACGAUCGUUGGCAAUAUAGCAGAAGGUGAUAACAACAACAGCGGUGUGUUCAAUGCUGUCACGUCGGACGAAGGAAGUGUCAGUAUGUCUUCAUCCGAAUGGGAGAGGCGCACUACGAGCAUGAUUUUAAACCCCUAAUGCGAG